CUCCUGCUUCUCUCGACGCCCCCCUCCCACUGCUUGCAUCUACCGUCAUACCCCACCCCAGCCCCUCUCCGCUGUCUUGUUUGGCAAGGCGUCUCCAGUCGCUCCAACGUCAAACGCAUUAGAUGAACGUGAACGUCCGUCAGUCCGAAAUGCUCAGGCAGCAGAACAUGCCGCCAAUCCCACCCGUCGCAAACAGCCACUUCCUACCCCAACAACAACAGCCCCGCCAGCAACAACAGCCUCCGAACCACAUGAACCUCAUGGCCAAUGCUAAUAAUCCCCAAAUGUCCCUUCUCGGAGGCGGUGCCCAGGCCAAUCCUAAUUCCCUCCCGAUGUCUACUCAGAGGUACCAAAUGCCUCAGCAAAACACCUUGCAGCAUGGUCAGAAUCCACAGAUCAAUCCAUCGGCAGCCGCCCCAGGCCCGACUCACAUGUCCGCCCUCGGUGCGCUCCCAGGCAUGCCUAUCCAGCCUCACCACCCUGCGAACGGUAUACAGGUACGCCGGACCCAGUCGCACCCUCAAGGUCUGAACGGUCAUGUUCCAUCCAUGAUCCCGAGCCAGCAGGCAGUCAAUAGCAUGAACAUGGCCAUGAACCCACAGGGCUCCCUGCCCAACCAACUGCGUCAGCCAGGUCAACCAACCAUGAUGCCUCGUCUGCCAGGUCAUAUGCCUGGAUCGAUGUCUCCAGAUAUCCUGGGCCGUCAAUCAAACCCUCCUGGUGUACCCCAGGGCUCCCUCAGGCAAGGAAGCCAAACACAGUUGAUGAACAGUCUUGCACAGCCAUCCCUGCAGCAGUCCAUGGCACAAAACGCAUUCCAACAAUCAGUCCCACAUCCUCACCAUUCCUCUUCGCUAACUUCUUCUCCACGUCCCGGCGGCCACCCGCAACAACACCAAUCCGCUAACAUGAUGAUGUCGGCUCCCGGCCCCUCACAGGCAUCUGGUCCCAGACCGAUGGGUCAUGGCGAGAACACGUUCGUUGGCAUCUCUAAUCCUCAGUUUCCUGCAAACAUGGUGCACGGUUCGGCUCGAAUACCAAACAACGGUUCCACAUUUCCUUUUGGCCCUCCGGUCUCCCAGAAUGAUCCCAUGGAGAUGUCCCAAUCGUUGGCUGACGGGCUGGCCAACGCCGCCAAUCCCCCACAACUACGUCCAGGCUUCCAGCCACCAUCGACACAGCAGUUCGAACAGCUGCAACAAACUGACAACUUCGGUUCUCACUUCAACUUACAGUCCCAGGGAAAUGCGCCACCCACUCGUCCACCUUCACAUCCAAGCAGUGUACACGGCAACUCUAUACCUCCUCGUUCCAUGCAGCCCCCCUCACAACACUCUCCUCGCCAGUCCGACCCUAUGACGGGGCAUAUACAGCAGCAGCCACAGCGACCACAAUCCCAGCCACAAGGACCACCUGGUAGACCACCAUCAUCACAGACCGGACCAUCGCAUACCCCACGAUCCUCGCAAUCACAACUUCCACAAUCUGCUCUCGUCCCACCUACACGGAUGCCUCCCCAAACUCAACCCCAAGCCUCACCCCAUCAGCAACGACAAUCACCGUCUGUGCAACCACCCAUUGCACCGCGUCCACCGCAAGGACAAUCAGCAAACGCAGUGCCUAUGCACCCCGCUGCUGCCUCAGAUCCAGGUGCAUCGCAACCGCAACCAACCAUGAUUUCCCGGCCUCAGGUUAGUAUUGCCCCCCCGUUGGGAUUCGGCCAGGGGUGUAUUCGGCUGCUGCAGUUUAGUGGUCAGCUUUCCAGCGAGGGCAAUGAGGGCCAGAAACUUCGACUAAGUUUUUGGAACAACCUCGUCCAAGACUACUUUACCCCAAAGGCAGUGAUGAAGAUCACACUAUGGAAGGAUAAUAAGAAAGUCGAGGCUAAACCCCUCGAAAUUGGCUAUUCCAUAUUACCCCGUUUUUUUCUGGUGACGACACAGUCUGGCGUAAAGUCGAUGUCGCUUUCGCUCGAUGGCGCACGAGAGCGACUUGUAACCCAGACUCAUGGGGUGGUAGAGUGCGUCAGUGCAAUCUGGACAUACAAGUAUGACAACGGGUACACGGUGACCCUGCGAGGUCCGCUCACCGUUCACAUACUAUUAUUGCCGGUUCCGGGUUCCGCAACGCAAUCAUUCCAGUGUUCACUCAAAAUCGAGCAUUUCCAAUUCGAUGCCAAUUUACACGAGAAGUUUAUCUCCCUGGAUGCUAUUACUGGCACCCGCGCUAUCGAGUCUCCCAAGACGCCUAGGGUGCGCAACAACCCGACACCUGGUCCAAAUGGUGCUCCGCUUCCGGGUAGCCAUCGCACGGAGGAAGAUAGACAGUGGGAAGAGCCUCGAGUACUCAUUAGAGAUGCAUCUUUACCAGGCGAGCCUGUGAAUGCCUUUGGCAUUCCACAGGUGACGAUGCGAUGCCUGGAGGUAAGUCACCAACACGCCUCGAAUGACAGCAUUUUCCGAGAUUGUGACGCUUUGCAGUUGGCCGAGGGUGUGAGUCAGAUGACGGAGUUGAUCGCGUUUGCAAGGGAAACGGAUCAAGGGCCUAGGGGUAGCUACGGGUUCUGGUCCCAACGAUCGUCUUUUCUGACCUAGCUUUUCUUUUAGACGCAUUGAAGCAGUUUGCACAAAGAAUUCGAGAAAGCCCUUCUGCUCACGGGAUGUUGCCGGGAUCUGUAAAUGGACUAGGGGGUUUUCAGGGCUUUGGCGGCGUUCUACACCCAUCACCAGCUGUGACACUACACCCCGGCAUGUCGACGACUUCGAUACACCCAGGUCCAUCAUCUGGCAGCUCACCACAGCAACAAAGCGCGCCGCCCUCUG